CAUUUCAUCAUGGCGUCUCAGAAGAUGUCAAUGAAAGCUGUCAAAUGUCCCAGUGAUGAUCUGUCACUGACUAAUGCAGCCAUUGUUAAUACAGCUGAUUUUAAAGAUGCUAGUCAUAUAGAAGUAUCUGUGAUACCCCAUACAAGCUACAUAUUUACAGUAUUACCACAUACAGCUAUUGGACCUGGUAAAGUAGCAUUUAAUGCGGUUCAUAGAAAAUGGGGAAGUAUAGUAAUUGGAUCAGAGUUGAGUGUCAGAAAGUUUCAUUUCAAUAACAAGAAUCAGUGUAUUGGUGCAAUAGUACUAGAAAUUGAUUACCUUAAUAAGAAACAUGCUAAUUCAGAUACAUUAGACAGUGAUAAAAUGGCUGCCGAGUUCUUGAUGUCAUUUGGUAAUUUUGGUCUGGCAGUGGGUGAACCAUUGGUGUUUAAAUAUGAAAAUAGAAUGUUAAUUGUUAAUGUUGAGGACAUUGAUGUGGUUGAUUAUACAACAACAGAUAAAGAUAAAAUAACAGGAAAAACCAGGAAGGCACAAGUUGGACUUCUGACACCAAAUUCAGCUGUGAUGUUUGAAAAAGCCGAAAAUUCUCAAAUUAAUUUAUCAGGAAAAUCAAAAGGUAAAACAGCUCAGCAUCAGUCUAUUAUUAAUCCAGAUUGGGAUUUUAAUAAAAUGGGUAUAGGUGGAUUAGACAAAGAAUUCUCAGCCAUCUUUAGGAGAGCUUUUGCAUCACGAGUUUUCCCUCCUGAAAUUGUUGAACAGUUGGGAAUGAAACACGUGCGUGGUAUUUUACUGUUUGGUCCUCCUGGUACAGGCAAAACUUUAAUGGCUAGACAAAUCGGAAAAAUGUUGAAUGCCAGAGAACCAAAGAUUGUAAAUGGUCCACAAGUUUUAGAUAAAUAUGUUGGUGAAUCAGAGGCUAAUGUUAGACGUCUGUUUGCAGAAGCUGAAGAAGAAGAAAAAAGGUGUGGUAAGAACAGUGGUCUACAUAUUAUUAUAUUUGAUGAAAUUGAUGCUAUCUGUAAAGCCAGAGGUUCUGUGGCAGGUAGUUCUGCUGUACAUGAUACAGUGGUAAAUCAACUGUUGGCAAAACUUGAUGGUGUAGAACAGUUGAAUAAUAUUCUAGUCAUAGGUAUGACAAACAGAAAAGAUAUGAUAGAUGAAGCUCUGAUGCGACCUGGUAGAUUAGAAGUUCAGAUGGAAAUUGGUCUGCCAGAUGAGAAAGGACGAGGCCAGAUUUUAAACAUUCAUACAGAAACAAUGAGAGAAAAUAGCAAACUAAAUCAUGAUGUUGAUCUUGCUGAGUUGGCUGGUCUUACCAAAAACUUCAGUGGUGCUGAGAUUGAAGGUUUGGUUCGAGCUGCUCAGUCAACUGCCAUGAAUAGACUUAUAAAGGCCACAUCUACUGUCGAAGUGGAUACAUCUGCUGUAGAAAAACUGUCCGUUACCAGAAAAGAUUUUAUGCAUGCAUUACAAAAUGAUGUCAAAUCGGCAUUUGGUAGUAGUAAAGAACAGAUAGAUGAGUUAUUAAUCAAUGAUAUAUUAUCGUGGGGUGAACCUGUUAAACGUGUUCUCGAAGAUGGUGACUUGGUUGUAGCACAGGCAAAAUCUAGUGAUAGAACACCAUUAGUUUCUAUGUUACUAGAAGGAACUCCUGGAGCUGGUAAAACUGCUUUAGCAGCUAAAAUCGCAAGAUUAGCGGAUUUCCCCUUCACAAAACUUUGUUCUCCAAGCAAUAUGAUUGGAUUUACAGAAUCUGCUAAAUGUCAGGCAAUUAAAAAGAUUUUUGAUGAUGCUUACAAGUCACCACUUAGUUGUAUUAUUAUAGAUGAUAUUGAGAGAUUAUUAGAUUAUGUACCUAUUGGACCAAGAUUCUCUAAUUUAGUAUUGCAAGCAUUGUUAGUAUUACUAAAGAAACCUCCACCAUUGGGUCGUAAGUUAUUAGUUAUCGGAACUACAAGUCGUAAAGAUGUGUUGAUGGAGAUGGAAAUGUUGAGUGCUUUUAAUACAGUUGUUCAUGUGUCUAGUAUUUCUACUAGCGAACAACUAAUUGCAAUAUUAGAGAAUAGUGAUGUUUUUUCCAAAGCUGACAUAGACAAAUUACGAAGAAAAACAGCAGGAAAACGAAUAUUUAUAGGAAUCAAGAAAUUACUGGUUAUUGUGGAAAUGGCCAGACAGAUGGACGAAGAUCACAGAGCUGCAAAAUUCCAGAUGAUUUUAGAAGAUGAAGGGGCAUUAGAUAUGUAAUUUAAAAGAUUACUAGAAAUGUAUAGGCAUAUUUAGUCCUAAUUUAUUACUAGUGUAUGUCAAUUAAAGGCCCACAUUGCUUCACAUGACUUCUAUUGCUUCAGAUUAUACUGUCUUUCUUUUAACAUCAAAUGAAAGGCUAUAACUAUUCCUGAAAGUUGACCAAUAAACUAAUCAAAAAUGCACAAAAAACUAAAAGUUCUUAAAUAAUUAUAAUGAAAUUACUGAUGUUUCCAGUGAUUGGGGUUUCGCUAUCAACCUGUAGGCCUACAUUCUACUCAUGGACCUAGAGGUGAUGUUGCAAGUUAGUUGUCUUGAUGAGUAACAGUUGAUUGCUAAAGCUCUAUUUAAGAUGUAAGAAACUACUACUUUUUCACUGCUUAUAAAUUAAUUAUAUGAACUUGUAUCGUAAAAUUAUGAGGGAGUUGGGAAAGCCUUGUGGUCUAGAGUGUAACACUUCGAGCUCUAGCUGGCCACUCUAGCAGUCGUGGUUUCGAUGCCUUGUGUGAGCGUGUGUGGCUUGGAGAUAUAAAAAUAUAACAACUUGUCUGCGAUAUCACACUGUGUGGAAGUGAAUGUUAAACACCAACCUGCCAUCCAGUCAGUGUAAGCAAGGAGUCACACCUCAGUUUAUGUCUCUUCUUGUAAUGUUGUCAGUUACUAAAAUCUUGAAACAUAAUAAAUCGGAACAAAAUAUAUCAAUAAGUAAAAUGAUGUUAUUGAAGUGUUUUGUUUCAACAGAUCUGAGCGUUUCUAGAAUUAUCACCAUUAAGAAACAAAGUAAAAUAAAAAAAUUAUCCUUUAAACAAUUUUCUGUUUUGCAAUUAAAUUUUAUUUUAUAAAAGACACAAAGAGUACAAUUAUGGCACAUUAAUAACACACCUUAUCUAUAAAAAAAAAAACCAGGGUUCACAGGACACCAUACAUAAACAGGGGUUGUAAGUAUGUUAAUCAAACGUGACGGUAUAGCCUAUUUACCUUGGGGAGAAAUUUCAAAUCAAAAUGUUGUGCCAUUGGGUUGCUUGAUAGGGUUACAUAAGUCAAUUAAGGAAUUCCAUUCUGGGUUUGUAUGCAUGACUUGAUAAUCAGACAAUCACUUACGUCUAGAAUAUCAACACCAGACGCUAACACAGCAUAGAAUUUGGAAGCUUAUGGUCAACACCACUUAUGAACUGUAAAUUUAUCGUUAAGUAUAACAGAGAUUCUCAGGACUAGAACAAGGUUUGUUACUCCAUUAAGGAAAAUUGUAAAUUCAUUCUACCUCAUGUAUAACAUCAGUGGUACAAGGUUUACAUACUGUUUCAAUACUGUAUAUAUAUAUAUAUACGAUUAUACAUUCCUUUAUAUAUAUAACAAUCAAUAUGAUUUAUGUUUUGUUUUAUUAUGUUGUAUUACAGUAUCAUGUGACAUAUUUUCUUUAUAAACAGUGUUCAGAUCAAAUUAAAUUAUUAUUCUCCAAUCAAGUUGUCUGUAUUGGUAUACAGUGCUUCACUUUGUGAUGAAUUAUGGGAAUUUUAAAACACAUUUCUGUAUUAAGAGUUGAUCUGCUAGGUUUAAGUUAUAAUAUGACUGGUGGAUGUCACUGACAGGACACAGUUGUAAUAGAAAGUGGGUUAAAUUGUUAUAAAUUGUAAUCUAGUUUUAUUUAGAUUUAUUUGAGCAUGUGUUUGAUUGUUCAGUAUUUGAAUCUGGAUUCAUGAUCUUAAUUUAAGAAUUAUUGGUUUAUUCAUGCUUUGUAAUCAUUUAGUGUUAAUCAUUGCUUUAAACAAAAAGAACAUUAAGAGAUGCUCAAUCAAACACACACUUAAUUUUCAUCUCAUUCAACAUAUUAAUUACUAUCUAUAACAUAUUUUACCAUUAAGAACAAACCAACAAUGUUCCUUUCUUAUCAGUCCAUUAAACAUCACCAAAACUUACUGAAAUAAAACCUAAAACAACAUCUAUUUUGGGGGUACACUGAAAAGAACUGAAUAUUUUGCCAGGGCAUUAAUUAACAAGAAAAGUUGAGAUAUAAUCAGGGAUGGUGGCAGGCUAGUCUAAUAUCAGGCUGGGUUUUUUAUCAAUUGGGUAAGGGAAUUAAAGGAUGUGUUCAGUCACAUAGCACUGUGUCUUGAUGAAUGCAUAGGGUUCCCUUUUACUUGUAAACAAAAGUUAUAAUUAAACAAAAGUAUAUAUUUCAAGACAAAAACAUAUUGAAAUAAUAGUCUACAGAAAAAUAAAAAGUUUCUAAGCCGUGUGGUUAUUAAUUAAGACAUUGAAUUAGAUUUAAAAAUCAGUGCUGUCUCCAGGUAUGUAUGUAUACAUAGUUAUAUAUAAAUGUAAAUGUAUGUAUAUGUAAAUUAGAUUUAAUUGGUGCAAUAUGUAUAUGAUGCAUUUUUCAUUACAUCUCAUUAUUAUUGUUAACUUAAACAUCAUGAAUUUUAUAUAGAGUUAUUAUUACACGUGUGUUUGUGAUAUCUUGUUGGUUUUGUUAGCAAUAUUUAGAGUAUUUUAUGUGCUGUUAUCAUGAUUAUGCAGAACAUUAUACCCUUAUUAUGUCCCUGAUUAUGCUUUGUUUUGAGGUGAUGUAUACUACAAUUACUAUUGUUCAAAUAGUUAUGUGUAUUAUAUGUUAGCUAUUAUAGUUCUAGAAACCAUGUACAUGAAAAUCUAAAUGUUCUAAAUUAAUGUAUAAAAUAGUUAUUUGCUUUUUUUGCGUGUUGUCCAUAUAACGACUAAUAGACAUAGACGUGCUCGUCAGCAUUCAAUGUAUUGUUAGUAUAAAGUUAUGAUAUCUAUCGACUUUUAGAAAAAUUAUAGGCACGUCAAUUCAAGCUUAGACUUAAUUAAAGAAUUUGUUAACAACCGGCGCUUAUACAUACUUUCCCAUAUGCAAACUGUGUGAUUUGAUGAUAUAUUUGAACUACAACAUAUUCAAACGAAUUUGUCUAUCAAAAGUUUGCUCCAAAUGCCUCCCAAACUAUUUUAAUCCAAGGAACUACCCUAAGUCGUAAAAGCUAUUCGAUGUACAGAUACUAUAAGUGUUUCCUGCGCUGUGGAGCAGACAAGCCGACAGUUGGUUAUUCCCUUACAUUUUUUCCCCAUGGGUGUUUUCAAGGACUCAAGUAUUCAGUAUUUGGAUGUCUCUACUUUCCUUAUAAUACCAGAUGCCUAGUUCCUUUAGGAACGGUCUCUGAUCGGACGAUGUCCGCUGGCCGUUCCUAUCCAUCUCUAUAUAGCUGCAAUAUGAAAAUACCGCUCUUCCCCACCUCUGUUCUAAGGCUAUUUUGGAAUCCUUACCUUCUAUUGUUCACCGUGAUUCUUUAUUUUUCGCCAAAAGGCAUCAUUUCUCGCCAUAUUUGACACAAAUUUACAAUAUUUAAACACUAUUUUCAAGUAGAAUUUUAAAAAAAAACAAAAAACAUGCGGUCUGCGCAUGUUGAGUCUCGUAAUGGCUGAUCGGCCCAAACUACCAAAUGCCAUAUUUUAUUGGAAAGUACUACCCGAUAAAUACGCGGGAAAGUAUAUGUAUCCGUAAUAAAUAUGGCGCCCAGAUACGAAACGGGGAUAUUUUUAUUAAGUCUAUCAAAUUGGUAAAUUUUCUUUGUAAAAGAAGUGUUAUUUGUCCUUCUGUCCUUCUAUCUGACAAUUACUAGUCCUGGUUCCACUAAGAACGUCAUGAACCGACACAAUCUUUAAUUUAUUGUGACUUUUGAGGCAGAAAGUUUUUAUAAGUUGAUCCCAGUAGCUGUCUUCUACAUGUAACUAUUGUUACAAUAUAGAAAUAGGUAGACCACGUCCUUUAAAUUCUUUUUUAAAUUUGACACUUAUUAAUUGUUGUUCAUGCACAUAUAUCCAGUGUUGUUCUUUGUCUUUGUUAUUUGAUUUCACGUUUGAUAUUUCAUCAUUUAGAAGUUAUAAAGUAUGGGACCAGAGUAACAGGUCAAUAUAUUAUAUUAUUUAAUUGUUAUUGACUAAAUUAAGCCCACAAGUUACAGGGCAUUGAUAAAUAUUGAUCUUCAUUGUAAACAAUAUAUUAAAAAAUUUAACUUA